CGCUGACAACCACUUUGGGGGCUCGAUGGAGACCAACGUGGUGCUGCGCUCCGACGGGCGUAUCACCUGGGACUCUCCCGCCAUCACCAAGAGCUCCUGCAAGGUGGACGUGUCCUACUUCCCCUUCGACGGGCAGCGCUGUGACCUCACCUUCGGCUCCUGGACCCACAACGGGAACCAGAUCGACCUCCACAACAAGCUGGACACGGGGGACCUGAGGGUGCUCCUCCGCCGCCGGGCUUCCUUCUACAUCUUCAACCUCCUCCUGCCCUGCAUCAUGGUCUCCUUCCUGGCACCUCUUGGGUUCUACCUUCCGGCUGACUCGGGGGAGAAGGUCUCGCUGGGGGUGACGGUGCUGCUGGCCCUCACCGUCUUCCAGCUGCUGGUGGCAGAGAGCAUGCCACCCUCGGAGAGUGUCCCGCUCAUCGGGAAGUACUACAUCGCCACCAUGACCAUGAUCACGGCCUCCACCACGUUGACCAUCUUCAUCAUGAACGUCCACCACUGUGGCCCGGGGGCCCAGCCCGUGCCCCCCUGGGCCCGGUGG